AAUGAAAGCUCCCAACAAAACAAAACCGAAAGCAAAGUGUUAGAAAGAGAAAAAAAAAAAAGAGAGCGAUAGAUUUUAGAUUCUUUGGCUAAAAUAAGGAUCCGUGUAUGGCAAGCGGGUGGUUCAAAUCUUUGCAAUGCAAAUCGAGGGCAUUCGAAGAUGUUUAUCACCCGAACACGAAGCAUUUGAUACCCAUUUCCAGUUGUAGACGAAGUUCUCAGAGCAUCAAAGACGUCAUUGAAAGUACCAAGAAAAAGGGCAAGAAAUCCAACUUCAAGAUGCUUCCAAACCCCAGCCGCAAACCCGAAGCCGAUUUGAAUAAUCUUCCUCAUCGACCUCGCCGGAGUAGUUCUGCCCCUGCACGUCCCGUUCGGAACACUGACCCUCUUCUGCCAGCACUGACCGAGAUGCCUGAGGGUCACCCUUCGAGGAAUGUCGUGGAGAUUAUUUUUCAUACGAGUUGGAGCCCCAAGGCUUUCACAGGUCGGAUCGAGAUGAUUUUUAAAGUUCAAAAUGGGCCGAGGACUGUGACCCGGUUCGAGGAAUAUCGAGAGACGGUCAGGACUCGGCCUGGGUCGGGUUCAGGUGGUCCGGUUUCUGCUGACGAGGAAAAUGCGAGGUGCGUCGCUGAUGGGAACGAGGUCAUGCGGUUCCAUUGUUUGGGUCCCGCUUCAGGGAACUGCGGGAUGAACGACACGCGGAUAUUUUUCGGAUGUAAAGGUGCGGCGAUUUGCACGUAUUCCGGGAGCGGCGGAGCCCACGAGAGCGCCGGAGGUGGGAGUGGACGGAAGGCGAUGUUGGUUUGCCGGGUUAUUGCAGGUCGAGUCUCGAAGCGGGUAGGGUUCGGGUACGAUUCGUUGGUGGAUGGGCGAGUUGGGUAUGACUCAGUGAGUGGGGACAACGGCGAGUUGCUCGUGUUUGAUCCACGUGCGGUGUUGCCUUGCUUUCUUAUUAUCUACAAAUUGUAAAAAUAGUGGGAAAAAAACUUUUUUAUUUUUCUUUAUAUGUUUUUUUUUUUUCAUUUUUUUUAUG